AAUUUGGAAACGGGCCCUCGGUAUCGAUUUAAGGUGUAUUACAACGAGGUUGAUGUACAUCAGCUUAAAGAUGAGAACAGCCAGUUGAGGGGAGAAAAAAUAAAAUUAGAAGAAUCGUUGGUACAGGAGAAGGCAAAGCGAUUGCGAGUGGAUAAAAAAGCCCGAGAAGCUCUCGAGAAAGCUGAGAAGAAAGGGGCCUUCCACAAUAAAAAAUUUAUUCAGUUGGCUAAAAAAGUGAUUACAAAUAGGAAAAAAGGUAGAGGCCCAGCUAAGAAGAAGUUUCAUGACUAUUCGAAGCACCAUCAAAAGAGAAUUAAAAAUCAACUGAAGGAGGAGUGCCAAACUACACUCUCCUUUCUUGGGUUGUACAAUUUUGUUGCAACCAAAAUUGAAGUCCUCAACACUGAGACUAAUCAAUAUGAAACUUUCAAUCUUGUUGGAGAGGGAGAGCUGCCAUUUACAGAGUCUGACCCAAAGGCCCUUAAUAAUGAUGACAUUGAUAACAUAAAUAUGUGGCUCUAA